UCAGCGGUGAUUCAGCGACUUUGACCGCAUUAGAAACGCUCAGAAACACUGAUUUAAUCAUUUCGUGUCGAUCUGUGAAGAUCUGAGGCAGAUAAAAACGCGGUUUCGGUGUUUGAGUUUCAAUUUCGGUUUGAAGAAAAAUCGUUAUUUCGUUUAACGGAGCGUGAGAAUGGAGAUCUGCGGUCUUGUGACUGAGAAGAAUAAGCCAGUGCCUCUGAAGAGCAUCUCAGUGGAGGUUCUGGUUCAGGAUCAUGUAGCCACAGUCUCCUCCGCUCUGCAGUAUGUGAAUGAGGAAGAGCGCCCCCUGGAGGCCUUGUUCGUCUUCCCUCUGCCUGCUGAUGCUGCUUGCCAAGAUCGGAGAGCAGGAGAUUGUGGCAGAGGUGCAGGACAGAGAAACCGUGAGUCCAAAUACAAACCGCAACUCAGUUGCAUAUAUUUUUAUUUUACAUCAUUUGACAAUACCCAUCAGCCCUCUGCUAUAGUGGAGGCAGGAGUGACCACUGCUCCACCAGGUUCUCUGAUGAGGGACCCAGUGGUCAUGAUAAGUUUGUACCCAGAGUUCCCAGAAGAAUUGAUGAAAUCACUGGCAACUCAAUGCGAGUUUGUUUUUGUGAUUGACAGAUCAGGCAGUAUGGGAGGCAUGAUGAAUCAAGGGAAAGGAGCACAAAUGCGCAUAGAAAGUGCAAAGGACACCCUGCUGUUACUGUUGAAGAGUCUGCCCAUGGGAUGCUACUUCAAUAUCUAUGGAUUUGGCUCUGAUUUUGAGUCCUUCUUCCCUCAGAGUGUUGAGUACAAUCAGGACACAAUGGAUCAGGCUCUGAAGAGAGUGAAGGAAAUGCAAGCAGACAUGGGCGGCACAGAGAUAUUACAGCCUCUAAAACACAUCUACAGUCAGCCCUGUUACCCCGAUCACCCCAGACAGCUGUUCGUCUUCACUGAUGGAGAGGUGGGAGACACUAAAGAGGUGCUGGAUCUGGUGAAAAGUCACGCUCACUCUCACAGGUGUUUCUCAUUGGGGAUUGGUGAGGGUGCGAGUGCCGCCCUCAUCACAGGAAUGGCCAGGGAGGGAUCUGGUCACGCUCAGUUCAUCACAGACACCGACCGCAUGCAGCCCAAAGUGAUGCAGUCGCUCAGGUUUGCGCUGCAGCCCGCUGUGCUUAAUAUCUCUGUGGAUUGGACCCUUCCAGAUGAUGUUACUGUUGACACACUGUCUCCACCCAUCAAUGUGCUCUUCCAGGGUCAAAGGACACUCAUUUAUGCCCAACUUAAAGGAGAGAGUUCAGGAGGCUCUGAGGGAACAGUGACAGUCAAAUACAGUCUCAAAGAUCAACCAGUAACAAACCAGCUCCACUUCUGCCUCAAACCAACUGAGAAAACAAAGUUGUCUAUUCACCGGCUGGCGGCUCGGACCCUGAUCCGUUCUCUGGAGCAGAAGGAGAGGUCAGGUGCUGCAGAUGUUGAGGGCAUCAGGAGCAGGAUGGUGGAGCUCAGUGUUCAGGCAGGAGUGAGCUGUGUUCAUACAGCCUUCAUUGCUGUGAAUAAAGACAGCAGACAGACUGUGAAAGGACCCCUGCUGCAUAGAAGAGUGCCGAUAUACGAUCACAUAGCACCCCGCGAGUUUCGUUUAUCUGCACCUGCUCCUGAGCUUCAGAAGGACCUGUUACUGCAGCUGGUUUCUCUGCAAAAGGCGUCAGGCUGCUGGGAUCUGGACGCCACACUGGCUGAUGUGUUUGGGAAGACGGAGGAUGAGCUGACCAAUCAGAAACCAGCACAGGUGGAUGGGUCAGUAUGGGCCACUCUCCUGGCUCUGAUCUGGUUAUACGGCUGUAAAAUAGAGCAGCAGGUGGAGUGGCAGUUUGUGGCCAUGAAGGCAGCGUCAUGGAUCGGCUCUCAGAAAGUGGGAGAUCUGUCUCAGUGUGUGUGUGUGGGGAAUGUCCUGCUCGGAUGUCAGGUGACCAAAGAGACUCUGGGAAUCUGAAGAUGUCAGUGUUUCUACAUGCAGUGCCAUAUAACUGCCAAACACACACAUACAUACACAUAUGUAUGCACAUAUAUGAAUGAUAUUAAUAAGUUUACACCAUGGCUUUUCUAACUGCAUCAACAACAGACCCAAAUGGAUAAAAACAGCAUGUGUGCCAAGCCAGAAUAUUUUGCUAACAAAAAGCUGCUGAUCUACAAAUAACUGUUUAACAAUAUAUUUGUUCACUUCAUAAAUCAUCAGUAUGAAUGUU